AUGGCAGCUCAACAACCUCCGAUAGCCCCCGGCGGCAGCAGCAGUAGUCGUAGUACAAGGAAGACAGAAGAUAUAAGCCUGCCAAUGCCUUCCCGUAACCCGCUACCGCUAUCAGCAAGUCAAGAAGCGCAGGUUCGAGAGAUGUUCAACCAGCGCGUGCGGGAUCAGUGCGCAGACGAGAUUAAAGCCUUCGCAGACUGCGCACGGAACCGAACCCUAACGAUCGCCUUCGCAUGCCGGGACGCCUCGCGACGCAUGAACGGAUGCAUGCUAACGUACGCGACGCCCGAAGAACACGACCGCGCGCGGGAGCAAUGGUUCGCCCAGCGACAACAGCGCGCCCGCGAGCGCGAGCAGAAAGAGCGUCGGAAACUCGAGCAGGAGGCUUUCCAUCGCGAGUGGUGGGGCUUGCCCCAGCGAGACCCGGAGGACGUCAAGAAGGAGCUGGAGAAGCUGGGGAGGGCGGAGAGGAUCGGUGGGCAGACUAGGAGAAGACCGGCGGAGGAGGGAGGGGAGGGGAGGCGGUGA